AUUGGGGGUCUUCAACCAAGUAACAAACAUUGUAUCGGGAAGUGACUACCCUACUUCCAACUUAUUCCUCCCUCAAGUGUGGAGGAUGAAAGACAUCUUGAGUUCAAAGUGUAGAGAUCCGAAUGAGUACAUUCAAUCAAUGGCACGUAAAAUGAAUGUGAAGUUUGAGAAGUAUUGGGGAGAGGUUAAUUUACUAAUGGGAGUUGCUGCUGUGUUGGACCCAAGGUAUAAGAUGACUUUGAUACGAUUUUGUUACCCUAAAAUCUACGGAGAUGAGAAUGCUAAAACAAAUAUCGAUCGUCUCAGUUCAGUUUUGAAUGAGUUGUAUAAUGACUAUGUUAUAGAAUAUAACUCAAGUGUUAUGGAACAAAAUUCACAAUGCAAUGCUCCAGAGAGCUCUUCAAGUAUUGGUUCGGUUAGUGCAGCCAAUGUCCAAAGUGGUGUGGAUUUGUAUGACUCAUUUGUCCGAAGUGCUGAAACAUUGCAGCAGCCUAUUAAAACAGAAUUGCAAAUAUAUUUGGAGGAAAAUGUACUCAUUUGUGAAAAGGGUGUGGAGUUUAAUGCAUUAGGUUGGUGGAAAGCAAAUGCACUUAAGUAUCGCAUUCUAUCUAUUUUGGCCAAGGAUGUAUUGUCAACUCCAAUUACCACUGUGAGUUCAGAGUCCACAUUUAGUGCUGGUGGAAGGAUAAUUGAUCCUUACAGAGCUUCAUUAUCUCCAGAAACUGUGCAAAUGUUGGUAUGUGGGGCAGAUUGGGUCAGGGCAUUACAUGGGCUAAAAAGGACGAGUGAUGUGGAAGAUGACAUUGAGGAGAUUACCUUACCAAUGAUACCCUAACUCUUUACUUUUGUUACUAUCAGACAAAUUGUUAAUUAAGUUUUAAAAUUAUUUUCAAUUUGUAAUAUAAAUGCACUGCUGCCACUAUGUAUUUGGUUGGGGAAUUUUGAUGGACAAUAUGAUUUUGUUGGAGUCUUGAAGAUCUUUUUUGUGAGGUGGAAGGCUGGAUACUAAAAUGGAGAUUGACAAAUUGUCUUACGACUCUUACCAACCUUACUUUUGUAACUUUACAUUUGUAUUAAGUUUUAAAGAUGAUAAUAUUAUUGCAUAUUUGAUG